AGACACCAUAACCCGAGGUGAUAACUCAAUAAUUCUUACACAUAGUUCCAAACCCCCCAUCUCCCCCCACAACAUAUACAUUUAUCAAAUACGCGGCAGCCCGCUGUUUGCUAUUUUAUUUGCACUAUAUAUAUCAUCAUGCAUAUUACUCAAACAUUCAUCAAAUCAAAUAGAAAAAGUUUAAUAUAUUAUUCAUCGUUUUGAUGAUGGCUAUGACUUUAACAAUUGUAAUAACCACCUUGCUCUGCAUCCUCUCAACGGCGUCGUGUGGACGUGUGAUAGUUGGGGCGAGAACAGAGAUCAGUGACGUGGGGACAAACAAGGAGGUGCAAGAGCUAGGGAAGUUUGCGGUGAAGGAGUACAACUACAAACAAGGUUUGAACAACGGCGGCGGCGGAGAGGGGUUGAAGUUCGUGGAAGUGGUGGAGGCUGAGCAGCAAGUGGUGUCUGGGAUGAAAUACUAUCUCAACAUCUCAGCCGUUGAUCAUAAUGGUGUUCAAAGAAUGUUUAACUCUGUUGUGGUGGUUAAGCCGUGGCUUCAUCAGUACAAGAAGGUUAUCCAUUUUGGUCCUUCAUCCACCUUCCACCAACAUACUACUAUGUAAUUAGAAUUUGGACUUGGACCUAAAUAAGUACCACUACAUGUCUAUAUGGUUUCUUUUACUAGAUGCGUGCAUAUGGCGCGGUGUUUGCAAUUGCAACUGAGUUUUUUCCUUUCUUCAAUUUUAUCUAAUAUAUUCUCUACUGUUUUGUGUGGUA